GAGCUGGCGGUUUCGGUGAGCCGCGGAGGUCGCUUCGCGAGCCCGUGGGAACGACACGCCCACGGACGCCGGAGGCGGCGGCACGUGCGGGGGACACAGAGAGCUGAGUGGGGCCAGCGGCGGCGCGGUUCCCGGGCAUCAGGGUCGCGCUGCUCGCCGCACGCCCGGCUGCCAGAGGGCGGGGUCUCCCCUGCGCCCCUCCUUCCCGGCCUGGACCCCGCCCGUGCUCCCCGCGGCCAGCGGGGUCCUCCUCCCGCCGCGGCCUGGGACUAGCGACGCCGCUGCCCCGGGGUGCCAUGGCUUCGCGGCUCCUGCACAGGCUGCGGCACGCCCUGGCCAGCGAUAGCCCGGGAGAGGCGGCGACAGGCCCCGAGGCCGAGCAGUUCCCCGAAAGCUCCGAGCUGGAGGACGACGACGCCGAGGGCCUGUCCUCCCGUCUCAGCGGCACCCUCAGCUUCACCAGUGCUGAGGACGAGGAGGACGACGACGACGAGGAGGACGAGGACGAGGCCCACCCCGACUCGCUGCCUCCUGGCGACGGGACAUCGGGAGAAGACGCAGAACGGAGUCCCCUACCUGACGGGCAGCGGGGUAGUCAACUCCUGGCCAGGCAGCUUCAGGAUUUCUGGAAGAAGUCUCGAAACACCCUGGUACCCCAGCGGCUGCUCUUUGAGGUGACCAGCGCCAGUGUUGUAAAGGACCCACCCUCCAAGUACGUGCUCUACACCCUCGUCGUGAUGGGCCCAGGCCCACCAGAUCGCCAGCCAGCCCAGAUCUCUCGCCGAUACUCAGACUUUGAGCGACUGCACCGAAACCUGCAACGGCAGUUCCGAGGCCCCAUGGCUGCCAUCUCCUUCCCUCGCAAGCGCCUACGCCGGAAUUUUACUGCAGAGACCAUUGCUCGCCGUAGCCGGGCCUUUGAGCAGUUUUUGGGUCACCUGCAAGCAGUGCCUGAGCUACGCCAUGCCCCAGACCUGCAAGACUUCUUUGUGCUGCCAGAGUUGCGGCGGGCACAGAGUCUUACCUGUACUGGCCUCUAUCGUGAGGCUCUGGCACUCUGGGCCAAUGCCUGGCAGCUGCAAGCCCAGCUAAGGACCUCCUCUGGCCCUGACCGCCCCCUGCUGACCCUGGCUGGACUGGCUGUGUGCCACCAGGAGCUGGAGGACCCUGGGGAGGCCCGAGCUUGCUGUGAAAAGGCCCUGCAGCUGCUGCGAGACAAGAGUCCCCAUCGUUUCUUGGCACCGUUUCUAGAGGCUCAUGUGCGGCUCUCCUGGCGCCUGGGCCUGGAUAAGCGACAAUCAGAGGCCCGGCUCCAGGCACUACAGGAGGCAGGCCUUACCCCCACACCACCCCCCAGCCUCAAGGAAUUACUCAUCAAGGAGGUGCUAGAUUAACUUCAUUAGUCUUAAGGCCACCAUGGGUAGAAGGACUGCCUCAAAAUGGGAAGGGGACCUGCCCCCAGAUGCUCUACAAAGAGAAUUUGUGGAAUUUCCUUCUGUUGAUCUGGGCUCAGGGUGAGCUGCACAGGGAGGAAAUCUGAUAGAUCCUUUCCAGCUUUUAUACAAUUAGGGGCUAGAGCCCCCGAGCAGAAGCCAUGUUCCCUUUCCAGGGGUGGAAAGCCAGUGACACUGUAUGGGUGAAGGGCCAGGGACUGCAUCUGUGGUCCUAGAGUUGAGGGAUGGAGGGAAGGCUUCAGUUCUGGCCCAGGGAAAUUAAAGGCCACCCACUCCA